GAUACUCCUGAGUAAAUUGAACGGUCACCAGGCGUCCCUGUUUGUACUUGUUUAUUUAGCCAAUUCUCGCAUUACUGUUUAAAACGAUGUCAGAGAAAAUGGAGGUUGACCUGACUGGAGUCAAACAAAGUAAAGGCGUGUGGCUUGUGAAGGUUCCCAAGUAUUUAUCUCAGCAGUGGGACAAAGCUGCAGAAAAGGGAGAAGUUGGAAAGAUUGCAAUUGGAAAGAAGCAAGGCAAAACAGAGGUAUGUUUCAGCCUCAGUGACGAGCUGAUAGCCUUGGAUGCUGUGGGGGAGAACGAUGCAUCACUGGAGGUCCCAAAGGAUCAUCCCUUCACAAUGCACCCAGUGGGUGGACAGACCAUGGCAGUCUUCAGCCACAGUAACACAGAUGAAAUCAGUCUGGAGGGGAUGGUGGUGCACCGAGCCGAAUGCAGACCAGUCGUCACUGACAGCUACAUGAAGCUGAAGAAAUUGCAGAUUAAAGAGUCCAUCAAGCCUCAGCGUUUGUCACAGCAGCUGGAGAGAGCCGUCACCACCAUUUUCAAGCCUGUGGCCAACCAUGAUUUCAAUAUGGAGUAUGAGAAGAAAAAGAAGACUGAAGGGAAGAUGGUGAGAGCUGAACGUCAGCUCGUGUUGGACAUGCUAUUCUCGGCCUUCGAGAAGCACCAGUAUUACAACAUUAAGGCGCUGGUGGACAUCACCAAACAACCUGUGACCUACCUGAAAGAAAUCAUGAGGGAAAUCGGCACAUACAACAGCAAAGGCGUUCACAAAAGCACCUGGGAACUGAAGCCGGAGUACCGACACUACCAAUCUGACGAGGAGGAGAUGCAGACCACCUAGGCCGAGUCAGAGUCCUCUGAAGUAUCUUCUGGGCCUCAAAUUUACAACAAAUUUGUUUUUUUUUU